AUGGCAAUGGAGACUUCUUCGAGCUUCACGGCUCGAAGACAAGCAACACAGGCUUUGCCCCCAUUCCAUCUUCCGUCGACAAACCAAGAUAUACCGAGUAUGAGUAGACAUUCUCAUCAGUACCCUUUCAGUUUUCACAAUCAGCCUCUGCAGUCGCCAUCAUCGUGGCAAGCCCCCGCGAUGGCUACGCCGUCGGCACCCUCCUCCUCCUCCGCUGCCUCAAAUACUCAACAUUCUCCUGUAACCGCCAGCUCUGGUCUAACAUCGCCUUCAGGAGUGCCAGGUGAAGGGCUUAGCCCGCUCUCUUCCGGUGUCAACACCACGAGUUCCCAGAGCUCCUACUAUCCUGGAGGUAACGGCCACGGAUCAUGGCCCACGCCCUCGAGUUCCUACCAGCUCAGCUCUGGGACGCCCCAGGGGCUCGUUCAGACCUCUCAGUAUGCCUCCCGCGGGAGCACCUACGAUCAGCAAUCUCCAAUGUCCUACUCUCGCACUUCGCAAUCACCCGCAACUGGCGAGGGUCUUCCUCCACCGCCCUAUGGGCAAACGCACCAGUCCUUCCAGGCUUAUUCUCAUGGAGGAGCGGGAUCUACACCAGUCAGUUUGCCAUCUCAGGGCCCACCAACACCUCAGGGUGGUAUUCUUGGAUCUCAUGGUGCUGUCUCGACGCAACCUCCAACGCCUGGCGGUCUACACUCCCAUCUUGAUUCCUACACCCAGUCACGACCACCAGCGACACCCGGCUACUACUCCACAUCAUCGGCCCCCCAGCAAUCGUUCAACAACUACCAACAAUCCCACACAUCGCCCACCGCUCCUUCUCCGACGACUUCGGCGGGUCCAGGGAGAGGACUUGCUGCGCUCCAGCACCCUUCCGCGAUGGCACCCCCUGGCUCUUACCGCUACCCUGGUUAUCAUGUUCCAUCGAUGGGAGGACCGAUCAUGUCCAACCUUACUUCCCCUGGGCACCAGAUGUCACUCGUGACUGGUAUGGGUGUCCCCAGCGGUUAUGGAGCACACCAUCUUGCACCGUCAAUGUACGGCCACACCCACGGGGGGCAGCCCAACCCGCAGGCCGAACGGCCGUUCAAGUGUGAUCAGUGCCCACAGUCAUUCAACCGAAACCACGACCUGAAGAGACAUAAGAGAAUUCAUCUUGCAGUCAAGCCCUUCCCUUGCAACUUCUGCGAUAAGAGUUUCUCUCGCAAGGACGCGUUGAAGAGGCACCGACUAGUCAAGGGUUGUGGUUCAAAGGAGGGUGAUGGCCAGAACGAGAACGGACGACGCUCCUCGCAAGAUCACUCUGACGACGGAACUCCUCCACUCAAGCGAGAGUAG